AAUCAACAUGCGACACAGCAGAUAACUUGAUAUACUUGUGUAAUAAAUCCCGACCAGAUAAACCCCCUUUAUAAGUAUCGUACCUCACCUCCCUUCUAGCAGAGAUUCUGUGCUUGCGAGAUUAUCUUCGAUCUGAUCGACGGCGGCGGCGGAGGAUCAGAUCCGAUUUAGGAUAUGACUCGCCGCUGCUCUCACUGCAACCAAAACGGACACAACUCACGAACAUGUCCGAAUCGUGGUGUUAAGCUCUUCGGUGUUCGUCUCACCGAGGGCUCGAUACGCAAAAGUGCCAGUAUGGGUAAUCUCAGCCACCACUCGGGUUCAGGAUUGAGUGGACUCGUGUCGGGCUCUCCCGGUGAUGGCCCUGACCACGACGGUUACGCCUCCGAGGAUUUUGUUCCCGGCUCAUCCUCUAGCCGUGAGAGGAAGAAAGGGAACCCAUGGAGGGAAGAGGAGCAUAGGAUGUUCUUGUUGGGUCUACAGAAGCUGGGGAAAGGUGAUUGGAGAGGUAUCUCCAGGAACUAUGUGAAGACGAGGACACCUACUCAAGUUGCAAGUCACGCUCAGAAGUAUUUCAUCAGACAGUCCAAUGUCUCUCGCCGCAAGAGACGUUCUAGUCUCUUUGAUAUUGUUCCUGAUGAGAUAAUGGAUUCUCAAGAGAUGGAAGCUGAGGACAUUCCAAUGCAGGGCAGUGACUCUGUUCCGGCACCGUUGACCCUUGAGACGGAAGAGUGUGAGUCAAUGAAAUCCACCAACUCUAGUGGUGAUGAGCCACCAACUGUGACGGCCUCUGCUUCUUUCGGAUCGGAAGACACCAUCCAAACGCAGCUACAAGUACAACCAACUCCUGGUUCAUUCCCUGUGCUGUAUCCGGCUUACUUCUCACCAUUCUACUCAUUCCCCUUCCCGGUAUGGCCUGCUGCGCCGGUGUAUGUUACCGAGCAGGUGAAGGAGGAGACUCACGAGAUUCUCAGGCCAACAGCUGUGCACUCAAAAGCUGCUCCGAUUAAUGUUGAUCAACUUCUUGGUAUGUCUAAGCUCAGCCUCAAGGAGUCUAGCCUAAACGGUGUAUCAGAACAGUCUCUUUCAUUGAAACUCAUUGGAGGUUCGGUUUCAAGGCAAUCAGCGUUUCAUCCAAAUCCAGCUAGUGGUGGUGGUUCGGACAUGAACACCGUGAUUCAUGCUGUCUAAAGAUCUGCCUGAUGGGACGGUGGUCUCUCAGAUUUGUAGCCGUAGCCAAGUGAUUCAUUGUCAUUAACAUGACUAUACAACAACAACAAUUUGCAGACAGGUGCCAGGGCUGGUCUCUUGGUUAUAUUAUAAAGAUUGUUUUAGUUAGGUUUGUUUGAAUUGCUUAGUUCAGCUUUGUUUAUUAGGGUGGAAAAGAAAGAAAGAAAAAUGUUAUGGGCCUUCGCCUUCGUUUUGGUUUAGCAUAAACCCUUGAUUUCGUUCAAAGAUGUAUUAAAACUACUUAGCAUUUUAGGAUUUAUUACAAUAAGUUUCUUAUGAAGAUAUCUUAUUGUGUCA